ACCGCCGCUGAGGUGACGUUUCGCGCCGCCGCGGGAACAGCCCCCGCCUCGUUGCCUCCUGGGAGCUGUAGUCCCCCCGCAGGAAGCGCUCCAGAUGGCCCUGGAGGCCCUCAGCUUGUGAGCACGGUGUCACCUCCCUUCCAUGAAUGCCUCCCAUAAAAAAUCAUGGAGCUAGGAAAGGCAAAGCUGCUGCGAACUGGCCUUAAUGCCUUGUACCAAGCAAUUCACCCCGUGCAUGGGAUUGCCUGGACAGAUGGGAAGCAGGUGAUCCUGACUGCUUUAUACUAUCAUAGUGGAGAACCAAAAUUUGGUGACUCCAGUGUUGUUGGGCAGUUUGAACACGUCCAUGGACUCUACUGGGGCCCGUGUCCCCCCGACGCCCCCGCCCUGCUCGCCGUCCAGCACAAGAAGCACAUCACCAUCUGGCAGCUCUGCUUCAGUGACACAGAAAGAAACAAGCUCUUAGUGUCUCAGAUCUGUGACAUCAGUGAGCCCUUUCCUGUGCUCCCCCAGGGCUGCGUGUGGCAUCCGAAGAAGGAGAUCUUGGCAGUCCUGACCACACGGGAUGCUUCUGUCCUACACUCUGUUCACCUCAACAACUCCAGGAUCAAAGCAGACAUUAAGGGCAGUGGUCUCAUCCACUGUGCUUGUUGGACAAAGGAAGGCAAUCGUUUGGUGGUGGCAGUAGGCAGUGCCCUUCAUUCUUACAUUUGGGAUGAUGCUCAGAAAACCCUGAAUCCUUGUUCUUUUUGCCCAGUCUUUGAUGUGGGGGGCUACAUCUGUGCUGUGGAAGCCACCCUGGAUUUCCAAGUUGCUGUUGCCACCGAGCUCCCUCUAGACAAGAUCUGUGGCUUGAAUGCUGGUGUUGCAUUUGAAGUUCCAGCAAGCAUUGAAACAGAGUCCUUGCCCUCACAGUCCAGCCUAGGUGGUGAGGAAGAGUAUUCCAUGGAUGGGGGGAAGAAGAACCUGGACUCUGAGAAGCUCAUGUCUGUUACAUCUCCUGUGGAUCUAACACACAUCCUUGCUAGCAAGCAGGGUGCUGAUAUCAGUUCUCUUCUUCAUCUGAGGCCCAAGGACUACCUAACGGGAAGUGGCCAAGAUUCCUCACAUCUCAUCUUGGUGACUUUUGAAAGAAAGGUUACCUCUACCAAAAAAGUUAGCAUCCCAGGCAUUCUGGUUCCUGAUAUAAUGGCAUAUGACCCCAAAACUCAAACUGUAGCAGUUGCCUCCAAUACUUGCAAUGUUAUUUUAGUCUAUUCGCUGACUUCAUCCAAUUUACCCAAUAUUCAACAAAUUCAGCUGGAGAAAAACGAGAAACCAAAGGGUUUGUGCUUCUUGACCACUAAAUUGUUACUGAUCCUGGUUGGAAAACAAAAGUUUACUGACCCUGCAUUUCUUCCCUCUUCAAGAUCAGACAAAUACAUGAUAAGAUUGAUGAUUAAGGAAUUAACAUUUGAAGUGGAGCCUUCAGCAUCUGCAUCUGAUAACGGGACCUCAAAUUUAAACCUUUCCAAAAUACUUCACGACCUCUCCCCAGAUGUUCACUCUCUCAACCGUGGACUCUUGAUACCAGAUAGUGCUACCAUUCAGUCCCCUCCAAGCAGAAGGAAGCUCAUUGAAGAAAUAAAGAGUCCUGCUUAUGAGCAGAACUUCUUUUUGAACGUGAGUGACCUCAAAGAUAGAAAGAUUUCCCUGGAUUCUUCUCCCACUGUUGAGUCUCUGGGUGCAGAAUCAGUCAGUCGGACUCUGCCACUGUCUGCCACAUCACUGGACUGUUCCAAUAAGCCAACAUCUCCAAAAAGACAGGUGGAUGUAGCUUCCAAAAUACCAAAUUCUUACAAGAAUAACCUGUUAAGUGAAAGGGAGGCAAAUUACUUUUCAAAAAAUGUAGAAAAACUGUCUGGUAACUUCACAGACUUACAGCAUCGUCUGCAUGAAUUAACUGAGCUGCUGAAAUCUAGCAAGAGAAGUUUUCCAGUGUACCCAUCUUCCCAGGAACCCUCUUUUAUUAACAUCACCUGCCAGAAGCAGCUUUGCAGCAGUGAUGCAGAUGAAAGGAGAGCUGUCAUCCUUUGUGGUGGUAAACUCCGUCUAAAUGUAGUCCAGCAGAUAUUCAGUCUCUCUCUUGUAGAAAUGCAGCAUGGUACCUCUUGGAUUGUUCUCACAGCAGACAGUGAGGGCUUUGUUCCUUUAUCCUUUACACCUGCACAGGAGGUCGUGGUGAGGGAUGGCAGUGCAAGAGGCUACAGUGCCCGCUCUUCCAAAACUUUGGACAUCCUCAGCUCCACAGAAGGCUGCAGACCUGCUGCUUCUGAAAGUCUGGACAUCACCAGUUCUCUGGAAGCCCCUGGGGACUGCUCCUCCAAGACUUUAGACAGCAGCAGUGCUUCAGCACAGCCCAGCAGUAACAUAUAGGUGCUGACAGUCAUUUUUAUAAUGUCUGUCUUAUGAUGGGAGGCUCUUACUAUGUAGGACUGCAAGUUCUAAGCAACAGUCUGUCUCAAAUCUCUGUUGGAUUUCCAUAAUUUUUUUUUUGCAUAUCACUGUGUUUAUUUGACCCUUGGAAAUGGUAACUUUUUUUUUUUAACUGGGCAGUUUUUUAAAUAUGCCUCUUGCAGUAUAAACCAGGUCUUCUUAUCAGUGGCUGAAAACAAGUGUUCUUGCAAGCUUCUGAGCUGAAGUUUACAUCUUGGUCUUGAAUAUGCUGGUGGUUUUAGAUGGUAGUAAACUUGCAUAAUAAAGAAAUCCUUGAAGACA